AUGACGUCCACGGUGGUAAGGAGUGCGCCGCCGAACAUCGACGAAGUUCGCCGAAAAUGGCCUAGGCCGAGCGCUGAUUUGAGGGAGACAAGGAGGAAAGAGGGGAAGUGUACGGAGUGUGGUGAAACAGGGCAUUGGCUGAAGGAAUGUCCUGUAAGGGAGGCUAAGGUUAAGGUUGGGCUGUUGCCUCCAUGGGGGGAGAAGUUCGGAGAACGUGGUGGAGGAUCGGGAGGGAACGCAGUACCUCUCGGACAGAGGAGGAACUUGAAUGCGGUUGGAGGAGAAGUAGAUUUGGAAGAGGACCAGGGAAAAGAAGAGGACCUGUCGCAGUAG